AUAGCGAUUGGCCAGGCAGAGGCAACCUCACUCAUUCUCCAACUUCCCAAACAACCCAAACGAUGCAUCCUCUCCGCCCUCUGCAACCUUAAUCCGCCAUUAACGCCGAUGAAAGAUAAUCUCCGAUCGAACAGAGAAUCUCCGAUCGUGCAAUUAAGGAGGGAUUAAAGCGCCAUAGCAGAUAUCGAUCAGUUGUUUCGUUUUCCGAGCUUUUGAGGUCUGAAUCAACCACUGAUUCUCAGAUUUCAGUAAUCUAAAUUUGCCUCUGUACGAGAAGAAAUAAUUUAUCGGGAAUUGGAGAAUGUUGACGUGCAUAGCUCGUUCUAAACAAGCCGGCGAUGACUCCUUCAGUCAGCUGGAGGAAUUGGACUCUUCCGCCACAGCAGGAGCCAAAAAUCAAGCUAUGAAAUCUCUUACUUCUCAGUUGAAGGACAUGGCGCUGAAGGCGUCGGGGGCGUACAGACACUGCACUCCGUGCACGGCGCAGAGCCGAUUCCAGAACCAAGGGGAAUCAGACGCGGAUUCCGACCGGUUCAGGUGGUCGUAUCGUCGGACAGGGAGUUCAAGCUCCGGGACGCAGAGGAUGUGGGGGAAAGAAAUGGAGGCGAGGCUGAAGGGGAUAUCGAGCUCGAGCGGAGAGGCGACGCCGAAAUCGAUGAGCGGGCGCCGAGCCGAACCGAUCGUGUUCGUGGAAGAGAGGGAACCUAAGCAAUGGGUGGCGCAGGUGGAGCCUGGGGUGCUAAUCACGUUCGUUUCGCUUCCGCGUGGCGGCAACGAUCUCAAGCGGAUUCGCUUCAGUCGAGAGAUGUUUAACAAAUGGCAAGCUCAAAGAUGGUGGGCGGAGAACUAUGACAGGGUUAUGGAACUUUACAAUGUCCAGAGGUUUAACCGACAAGCCUUCCCACUUCCAACACCACCAAGAUCCGAGGAUGAGAGCUCAAAAAUGGAAUCAGCAGAAGACAGCCCUGUGACACCACCACUAACUAGAGAACGGUUACCUCGUAAUUUAUAUCGUCCCACAGGGCUGGGUAUGGGCUACUCAUCCUCAGAUUCACUUGAUCAGCACUCAAUGCAAGCACGUCAUUAUUGUGACUCAGGUCUUGCCUCAACUCCUAAACUUUCAAGUAUUAGUGGGGCCAAGACAGAGACAUCAUCAAUGGAUGCCUCCAUGAGGAGUAGCUCGUCUAGGGAGGCUGAUCGCUCAGGAGAACUCUCCAUCAGCAAUGCCAGUGAUCUUGAGAGUGAAUGGGUUGAACAGGAUGAGCCAGGGGUUUAUAUCACUAUCAGAGCCUUACCAGGGGGCAAAAGAGAGCUCAGGCGAGUUAGAUUCAGCCGAGAAAAAUUUGGAGAGAUGCAUGCUAGACUGUGGUGGGAAGAGAAUCGAGCAAGGAUACAUGAACAGUACUUAUAAACAUGCAAACAACAUGGAUGCCGGUGCUUUGAAGAUUGUCGAUCGGGGUGUGUAUUUUCUCCUCUGUUCUUCCAUACACAAGUAGAAUCCUGUUCUACAGAGAUCUGGAAUUGGAUAGGUGCGUGCUACCGGUAUCAGUUGCUAAAUGGGAAUUAAGUUUUCCAUGGUUCAUAAUAGCUUAUAAUAUGAUGAUGAGAUAUGGGAACUCAAGUACUUAUAUUUGUAGUUUCUACAGUAUUGGUAGGUAAAGAGCAUCAAUUGUGUAUUUGGGUGGUCAAGAUAUCAAAUCAAUGAAAAGAAUCUAUUUUC